GCAGAACCGUACGGGACGCCGAACAACCUGAUUGGCGAGUUCGUUUUUCAUGUGUAGAGAAAAAUAAAGUUAUACAUAUUUUUUUGUUUAAUGCUGUUGUGGUGUUGUUCAUUCGUCGACCAAAUCCGAUAAAUACAAAACAUAUAAGUACACACACACACACGUACGCACGCACAUACCUUUUACACUAGAACAUUUAUUUAUUUAAUGUUGUUUUGUGUACACGAUCGAAUGACGUGCUCGAUCCUUUUUUCAACUUGCAUAUGAUUUUCUAAUGGUAAUUCGCAUUGCUUUAUACGCGUAGUUCUUAUAACAAAAGUGCAAUCAUAAUCAUUAAAUAAUGUGAUUAAAAAAAUAUAUUGUACCAUGUGAUAAGUGUUCGGUAUGUGACGAUACGGUAUACGUGAGCAUUUUUCCGCUUUAAAAUUAUGACCGUUUCAUACUCGCGUCUCGUAGCCAAUGGAAGUAGUUUCGGAUGUUUUGGCAGUAUACUUUGCAAAUGGCGAGGAAGCGUCUACAAGCUUGUAUGGAGGGAAUUAGCAGCCUAUUUAAUGGUUUAUUUUGCAUUAAAUUUAGCAUACAGGUUUGCAUUCACCGAAGCUCAACAAAAGUUAUUUAUAAAAAUUCGGUGUUACCUAGCUGGCCAUUCUGCAAGUGUUCCAUUAACGUUUGCCAUGAGUUUCUAUGUUGGCUUAGUAGUAAAACGAUGGUGGGAACAGUAUAGGUUGUUACCUUGGCCUGAUACGUUGGCUCUUUUCGCAAGUGCUGCUAUACCUGGAACCACGGACGAGAGAGGACGAUUAAUGAGAAGAAAUAUUGUGAGGUAUGCUGUACUGGCUUAUGUUAUCACUUUAAAACAGGUGAGCAUAAGGGUGAAAAAACGAUUUCCCACAUUACAGCACAUCGUUGAUGCUGGUUUGAUGAUGGAUAGCGAGAAGGAGAUACUUGAAACGGUGGAAGCGAAAACUGCGAUGACGAAUUAUUGGAUCCCAUUGACUUGGGCUACCAACAUCAUAAACAGGGCCAGAAGAGAGAAAUUGAUAUCAAACGAUCAUAUGGUACAAACCAUUCUGUUGGAGAUGUCUGACAUGAGGUACAGGCUGGGAUCGCUGAUCGGUUACGAUAAUGUCAACAUUCCCAUUCUCUACUCUCAGGUGGUAACAUUGUCGUUGUACGCUUAUUUCGGCGCUCAACUUGUUGGUGCUCAGAUGGUAGAACCACCUCCCGAAUGGGGUUUCAAAGAUUUUAAGGAAUUCGACUUAUACAUACCGUUGUUGACAAUUAUUGAGUUUUGUUUUUUUGUCGGAUGGUUGAAAGUAGCGGAAGUUCUCAUAGGACCCUUUGGCGAAGAUGACGAUGACAUUGAGCUUAACUGGUUGAUUGAUCGUCACAUAAAGGCGGCGUACAUGAUUGUGGAUGAAAUGCACGAAGAACAUCCGGAAUUGCUGAAAGACCAGUAUUGGGACGAAGUUGUACCCAAAGACUUGCCGUACACAGUAGCAUCGGAACACUACAGACGAGAAGAGCCCAAAGGAUCAGCCGAUAAAUAUAAGGUCAAAGAGUCGGAUUCGUUGUAUGCGAAUAUGGCACCAGUGAACCAUAUACAUUGCAGGAAAUCCGCAGUGCCAGAGGACAUGUACGCAGACUAUGAGAGCGUCGACACACCUAUGGCCGAACGCCGUAAAAAUUGGUUCCAACGACAAAUACAUCGGGUAGGAUCCAUUAGAUCGUCAUCAACUACUUAUUCAUCCGGUGGCCUAUUCAAUCGAACCAGACACAACUCAGUUUACUCGAGUCCUGAAAAUGGUUUGCCUGUUGCUCCAGGAUUGAAUGGCCACCUCAAUUGUAUUAACGGUAGUACACCUCAUCUACAAAAGAUAACGCUGUACGAUCGGCUGUGGGGUAGAAAGUCAAUGAAAAGUCGACGAGGCAGUACUCAAGGUUCGAACAAGAUAAAUGGACAAAUGAAUGCCAGAGGAAGGCCUAGAAUUCCAACGCCGGAUGUUCAAAAGGACGGUGUCAUCGAUAAGGAUAACAAACAAAAUAUAUCCAGCAACGGUACUGUCCAGCCAGGAACGUAUCCACCAGACAUACCCGCAGUCGUUCAGGUGUUGCUGUCGCCGAUACAAGAGAUGGACGCCGCCAAUCUGUCGGGCACGUUGCACAAUCAGCGACGGGGCGUCGUGAAUGCGAGCCAGGGCGUGCUGAACCCCAAUUUGUCCACGGCCACGGUGUACACCACGCGGCCCAUGUCGGUGUCGGUGAGCCCUAUCGCACUGUCCACGGUGUCCAUGAGUCAGCCGCUGCUGUCGUCGUUGGGCAUCGCGACGUCGACGGACGGUGCGACUACGCCGCCGCCGCGGCCGUUGAUCACCGACGUGUCGGGUGGCACGGCGACGACCGCGGGCUCCGCGGCUCAUCACUCGGACAAGGACGACAGUGCUUGCGGCGGCAGUUCCAGCGGCAGUGUGUCCAGCACGGAUGACCGGAAGACGCCGGCUUGCAACAGGCGCAAGCGGGGUGAGGUGUACGUGUAAAAGCGCCGACCUUUGUGUGUGGAGGGGGAAGGGGGCAGUGUAAGGUUGCAUAACGCGACUGUUGCACGAAGACGAUGAAUUUCAUGUUGUAUAUCAUUGGGUAAUAUUGAUUACAGUCGCGUUGCUCGGGGGUUUGAUGAUGAUGAUAGUAAUAAUAAUAAUAACAACAAUAAUAAUAAGAAUAGUGUAUAGAAAUAACAGUAAUAUUAGUAGUGGGCAAGUGGUAUUGAUAACUAUAGUAUCGAUGAUAACCGUAUGAUUUUGUGGGGAAGUAGGUAAGCGCAGCAAUGCGUUCGCGAACAGUGUAAUUUAUGCACGUACCAUGUGCGGACAUCGUAAACGUAGCGACACCAGGGAGAAUUUUAUUUUUUUCGACCCAGGUGUUUCCGCGUGCGCUGCGACAACGGCUAAAUACACUGUGAAAACUCCGAAGACCUGUGAGAACAUCGGUCCCGUCUGAAGAGUACGAGAAGGAUAAAUAUGACACGUGGACGCCGAGAACUUUGCUUACCGCACAACCGUUGCACCGUCCAAGGGGGUUAGUUUUUAGGGUUCAACCCUCAAAAAAUCUUAUCCAUACGGUCUGUAAAAUUAUAAUUAUAAUCGAGUCUAAAAUAACCUACCUCCCUCAAAUUAAGACUUGGGCCCCCUAACCAUAAACAAACACGUGAUCAUAAUAAUAACGUUCCUACGUGCACUCAGUUGACGAACGGUACGGGAGGAAAAAAAGGCUAAUCGAGGAAUAAAAUUGUGAUUUAGGUAAGCAUUUUUACAUUAGGAACAAUCGUCAACGCGACUAAAACAAUGUUAUGACGUACCGUUGUAAUUUUUUAUUAUGUUAGUAUUAGUUAAUUAAUAAGAUAAAUAACUAUUAAUAAUUAUAUGUAUUUAUAUGUAAUUCCAGUCAAAUUAUAGUAUUGCUCAAUUCGAACAAUAUUUUUCACUGUAUAAAUGUAAUAUUAUAAUACGUUUUCGUGUAAAUCAAGUUGCUUACGAAAUACUACAUUCAUUGCAGUAUACGUGUGUUAUAUUAUGAUUUACAAUUGUAUUAAGAACAUCUAUCAAUAUUUAUAUAUUAUAUGACCACUCAAUUUUGUUUAAAGUAGUUAGAUUUUAGCAAUAUGAACAAAAUGUGAUACCUAAUCAAAACACCAAAUAUGCCGUCCAAUGUAUCAAUGUUUGAUAAACCUAACCUAAGAUGAACUAAGUUAACAUGCGAUAAGAGACAAAUUAUUUUUAUGUUCCUUCUAAAAUAAAUGAUCGUGUAAAGACAAAUUAUACAACUAGAA